AUGGAUGAAACAAUGAUUCUUAUGAAACAAAAAUUUUACGAAUCAAUUGAAAGACGUGAGUACAAAAAUAAUAGUGCUAUUUUAUCUAGUGAAAAAUAUUUAAAUUUGAUAUCUGACGUAAAAAAUAUGAAAAUUAAAAAAACUCAAACCCGUGAUUAUUGGCUUGCGAAACAUUAUGAUUUAAUAACAAUAAAUGGCGUCGAAACAUUAAUUUACCCAUUUAAUGAAAACAAUCCUAAUUUCAAAAUAUACGUUAUGAUAGACGAUAUGUUUGACAUUUUAAACAGUGUUCAUAAGUCAAUCGGACACGGAGGAAGGGACCGUAUGUUAUUUGAACUUAAUAAAAAAUAUAAAAAUAUUACCCAAGCUGAUGUGAAGUUGUAUUUAAAUUUGUGUAUUCCAUGUCAACAGAAAAAAAAAUCACAAAAAAAAGGUAUUGUAGUCAAACCAAUGGUUUUUAACGAUUUUAAUAGUCGCUGUCAAAUUGAUCUUAUAGAUUUUCAAUCACAACCUGAUAGAGAUUUUAAAUUUAUAUGUGUCUAUCAAGAUCAUUUAACAAAAUUUUGUAUUUUAAAACCCUUAACUUCAAAACGAGCAGAACAAGUCGCAUGUGUGUUAUUAGAUAUUUUUUGUUUAUUUGGUGCCCCCGCUUCUCUUCAAUCUGACAAUGGUAGGGAAUUUUGUAAUGAACUAAUUAAUUCAUUGCGUGAGAUGUGGCCUGAUUUAAAUAUCGUUCACGGGAAACCACGGCAUAGUCAGUCGCAGGGCAGUGUUGAACGAGCCAAUCAAGAUAUUGAAAACAUAUUGACAACUUGGAUGCAAGAUAAUAACACCAAUAAAUGGAGUGAAGGACUCAGAUUCGUUCAAUUUAUGAAAAAUAAAGCCUAUCAUUCUGGAAUUAAACGAAGCCCAUACAAUGCGAUGUUUGGAACUGACCCUAAAACUGGCCUAACAUCAAGUAUAUUGCCACACACUAUAUUACAAGAAAUACCAUCAACCGAAAAUAGAAAACGCAAACAAACAGAAGAACGACAAAAUGCAAGAGACAACUUAGAAAUACAAGCGAAAAAAAUGAAGAAUUUAUCAAAUGCUAAAUUUCCAGAAGCAAAAGAAGGUUCAACAGUUCAACUUAAAAUUCCUGAUGUUGAUAGAGGGAGGGGAGAUCCUCGAUCGGUAAUUGCUGUGGUUCUCAAAAUUACUGAAGACGGGUUCUAUCAACUUGGAUGUAAAAGUGGUAUUUUAAAACAGCUAUAUGCACGUUCCCAAUUUACUACGUGUUCAGAAAACCUUAUAUCAUUAAGCGAUAUACCUCAAGAAAAACAAAUUUCUCUACGAUCUGCAGCUACAGAACAAUCAAUUGGAAAUGGACAAGGUUUUUUUAAAUGUACUUGUAUCACUAAAUGCACCACUAAUCGAUGUAUAUGCCGUAAAAAUGGUGUUUUGUGCAAUUCAAAAUGUCACCAAAAUCAAUCGUGUACUAAUUUUGACAAAUAG